AUGCACAAGACCAUGGGAAUUAUCCCCAGCUUCGAUUCAGGACCCAUGCAGACCUCCUGGAAGGGUCUGUACCCCUUAUCAGGACCAGCUGCAGGUUGGACCAGCUCCAGCGCCGGUUGCGCCAUGAUAGAUAGCUUAUCUCUAGCCGCCAUUAGCUUCCUGGUCAUCUGGGGCGUCUAUGCCGCCAUCCAUCGUGUCGACGUCGCUCCGUGUAGUGUCGACAGGUCCACUCUGGCUUAUCGGCCCCAAUCCUUGGUGAGACAAUCUGUCGGCUUUGGCGUUUCACGCGGUAGAAAGCUCCUAUAG